GCCUGCCAGGUGCUGGGUCACUGCUGUUUGCAGCUGGGCAGUUUCUCUUUUUGAGCUUGAACCCUGCUGGAACCCCCACGGGCAGGCAGGUUUGGGGUGCUGGUGGUGCAGGAUCACAGCGGUGCCCCGGCGCGAUGAGCGCUCCACGCCCCGUCCGAGUGCUGCUGCUGCUCUGUGCCGUGCUGGAAACCCACACUGCUCGUGGCUUUGGUGGCCAGGAGUCGCCGAGCCCUGGGGACAGGCGCGCCCGCUCCGCCGCAGCCCCGCCGCAGCCCCGCGACUGCGCCCUCUCCGCCUGGUCCUCCUGGAGCAAGUGUGACCCCUGCCAGAAGAAAAGGUACAGAUUUGCCCGCCUGGAACAGCCCUCUCAGUUUGGUGGAGAUGCCUGUGAUUCCUCUGACAGGGAGGCUGAGGAGUGUGUCACAGGCAGCCCUUGCAGGAACAGAAUUCGGUGUGACGGCUUUGUGUGUGCAGUCACAGGGAGAUGCAUUGCCCGGAGGCUGCUCUGCAAUGGGGAUGACGACUGUGGGGACUACUCAGAUGAGAAAAACUGCAAAAAAGUGUUCAGGAAAUGUGAGCAGAAGAUGGAAGAGUACUGGGGAGUAGAGAAUCUGGCAAAAGGGUUGAAUGUCCUCACCAACAGCUUGGAGGGGAUGGUCCUUGAUCACAGGUACUACGCUGGGGGCUGUUCUCCCCACUACAUCACGGACACGAGGUUCAGGAAGCCCUACAACAUAGAAAGCUACACCCCAGAGACCAAAGGCAAAUAUGAAUUUACAAUGAACGAAUAUGACUCCUACUCAAAUUAUGAAAGCACUGUUCUGAAGGCAAAGGCUUCACAGACAAGCUUCAGCUUCGGUAUAAAAAUACCAAAAGUGUUUGAACUUGGUUACAGUUCAAAUGACAUGAGGUUCAAGAAGUUCAUGCAGAGGAUGAAAAGAUUUUCUUCAAGUUCCAGCAAGUUCCUCCACGCCCGUUCUGAGCUGGCCGUGGGCGUGUACAAGCUGAAACCGCGAGGGCUGAUGCUGCACCACGAGUUCCUGCAGCGCCUGCGGCAGCUCCCCGCCGAGUACAGCUACGGGGAGUACCGGGAGCUCUACCGGGACUUCGGGACACAUUUCAUCCAGGAGGCCACGGUGGGAGGCACCUACGAGUACACCCUGGUGCUGAACGGCCACCAGCUCCGCCAGGCGGGUUUUUCUCUGAGCGAUGUCCAGAAAUGUGCACAGAAGGGCUUUAACAUUGCUGUGAAUCUUCGUAAAGUCACUCUGGGGCUUGGAGUGGAUUUAGGGGGCUGUAAAGCCCUUUUGAAAGAGAUUGGAGACAGCACUGCCAGGAAGCAGUUUGUGGAGGAUUUCGUGGCCCUGGUCCGUGGUGGAGCGAGUGAAGAGGUCACCAGGCUGGCCCACAAGGACCUGCCCACAGCCCAGCUCAUGCAGCAGUGGGGAGAUGCUGUGCAGUACAACCCUGAGAUCAUAAAGCUGAAGGCAGAGCCUCUGUAUGAGCUGGUGACUCCCUCUGACUUGACUGAUUCCACCAAAAUUAAGGAGAAUCUGCGCCGGGCUCUGGAAGAGUUCCAGCAGGAGAGCAGCUCCUGUCGCUGUGCUCCGUGCCACGGGAAUGGCAUCCCCUUCCUGAGAGGAACAGAGUGUGAGUGCUUGUGUCCCCUCGGCUACAGCGGCAGCGCCUGCGAGAUCAGCAGGAGAAAAGAUGCUGCUGUUGAUGGAGGCUGGGGGUGCUGGGCCAGCUGGUCCCCGUGUUCAGGAGGUCAGAGGACAAGGAGGCGACAGUGCAACAACCCUGCCCCGCGGGAUGGUGGCUCCUCCUGCUCGGGGCCAGACUCUGAGACAGCUCCUUGCUAGAAGGGACCAGCAGGGACUCACACAGCACUUGGCAGACUGCCUGGGAGGACACCACCUCCCUGGCUUUGGCCUUGCUCUGCCCGUGGGUCUCAUCCAAAUCAGAAACAUUUCAGAAGGCACUGGGAGCUGGGAGGGUGUUGGGAGCCACACCUUUGGAUGUGCAGCUGUCCCGUGGGGUUGAAUGUGCUUGCUGACCUCAAUAUUUUGCUUUUUCCCUGUCUUUAUUGCAAUGGGCUAAAUGAGACAAGCUUUAUCUCUGUCUGUGUUUGGUAGCUGCAUGAUUUCAAAUUACACUGUCUUGCUGUUGAAAGUUCCUUUGAGAUAAGAAGAGACACUUUGAUCUUACGUGCAGCAGGGUGUGCACUGAUGCACAGCCUCUGUGAAGGCAGCUGUGACAUGUGGAGCAAAACCCAGCACAUUAAACCUAAAUCUCAAUGAGCACAACAGGAUCUAGCAUGGCAUUCAGAGCCACUGUGCCUCACUACCCUGCUUUCCCAAUUUAUUGUGUUGUUCCACCCCUGCCACAGGUAGGGACACCUUCCACUAGCUCAGGUUGCUCCAAGCCCUGUCCAGCCUGGCCUUGGACACUUCCAGGGAUCCAGAGGCAGCCACAGCUUCCCUGGGACAGAUGGAACAUUUUGCAAAAGCUGUCUGCACAUCCCCUGAGGUAUUCUACCCUUAAUAGCUGUGUUUGCCCCAGACAAGCUCUGGUUAAUAAGUCUGAUCCCAUGAAAUCCAGCAUUCCAGGUGCUGCUGGGUCCACCCAGGAUGGGACAUCCAACUGGGAGAGAGCUCACUGUGAAGAGACAGAUUGGUUUGUGUGUUACUGCCAUCCCUGGAGCUGAGCAUCACAGUCCAGAGGAACUUUAAAACACUCUGCACCAUUUCAUGAGCCUGCAUCCUCCCAGGGACUUGCCUCCUACAGCUUUGGUGGUGGUGAAUGAUUUUUGCAAAGAUAUUUGCUUGGGCCUGCUGCAAAACAACCAGCAACAGCUUUGCUCCAAAAGGCAAUUCCACCAGUGCAGAAGGUGUUCAUGAGGAUUGUGAGUCUUCUGACACAUGCAAGGUCAAACUCUUCUCCUGAGGGCUUUUUUUAGCAGAGCUGGUGAUGGUGGGCUGGUAUGGCCCGUUCCUUUCCUUUCAGACUGACGCUGUCUGAAUGCAAUUCCUGUGACAUCUGAACAAUGCAACAUGCAUUUAGUUGUAGCCCUCAUGCCGCCUCCACACUUAUCCACAGGGCCUCUGUGACAGCUUUAAGAAAGGCAGAGCACGUUGCAUAUGUAAAACAAGAGGGCUCUGUGCUCAUUAUGGGCUUCAUCAUUUCGCUGCCAACCCCAAACAUUUCCCUUUCCCACUCUGUAGCUGCAAUAUCUUUUGUGUGAUGGAAAUUUGCCAAGAGAUUAUUUUUUUUUUGGGUCGUGGUCAAAGAGGUCACUGCUGGUGUGAAGUGGGAUAUUCCUCCAGGUUUUUUGCAGGGUCUGUAUAAAAGCUCUGGAGGUGAGGACCCUGAGCAUGGUUCACCUCUGAGGACACAAACUGCACUGUCAUUGCCUGCCCUUCUUGAGAAUCAUCGGUGUAAUCUGAUUAAGUGCAUUUCCCAGAUGAGUCAAGUGGCUUUUGUAAAUUUACCCACCUUUCCUGAUGGUCCAGCUGGUUAAACACACAGCAGUGGUGCCCCUCUCCACUGCUGUGGCAAGGACAGCCAAGUGUGCUGACCUGACUGGGGACUGCUGUUCCCAAACCAGAAAAACACUGAUUUUUGAAGUGGUGACAGUACCUGAGUUUGUGUAUUUGGGUUUUGUGAUUUUGUUGGAGGAAAAGAGGAGAGAUUUGACAAUCAUCAAGAUCAUCAGGAUAGUCUGACUGAAGUAUGAGUUGAGCAGUGGCUGAAUAUUCAGCCUGUAGGCUUAGAAGCCUCGCACAAAGGAUGUAACUUUAUCUUGUCCUUGUGAUUUGGUGCUUUGAUUCGCCUAACUAAUGAUUUAUUGUAAACCUGGAGGGUAAUA